GAUGCUUUUGCUUUUAUUGCUACCAUUCAACCAGUGCCAGUGCAGUUUUCGUUCAAUUCAAGCCCAGAAAAAGAUUUUUCUACGCAACUUCUGUCAAUCUGUAAUGCCAGCGAAAAAGAACUUUCGGCCAUCACAAAUUACAAGACAUCAGGGCGAUCACUGGGCGUUACGCUACGCCCUCAAAUCACUUCACGUGUCUCCAUUUUACGGCAAUCAACAAUACGGGCACUAGCAGCUUGUUGUAUUGCAUCCUGUGAGAAUUCGCAGAUAGUCGGCGCCGCUGAUAAUCCAUUUGCUGCACAGUAUGAGCAAAUUUUCGCUUCCUUGCUGAAAUGUUUGACUGACGAAGACGAAUAGUUGGAAACGCAUUUACUUGGAAUGAAUAUCGAAACGGUGAUGACCACUUUUACGCAGCCCAACGGUCAUUUACAGCUGCAUGUUGCGCGUCGCUUGCUAUACCUUCUUCGGCUUUUCCCAACUGCUUUUACAAUUCGGCACGUUGAGGAUUUAUUGAAAGCUUUUACGUCAUUUCCGGAGCCAUCAAAUCUGGCGGACGUGGAGGCCGAUGAUUUGCGAGUGGGCGAAAUAUUGCUGAAUGCUGCAGCUGAAAUGCCUCUUGCGGACGAUCGUUUUGUAGUAGAGCUCAUUCCGUUCGUUGCCAAAUGGGAAGCAGCAGUUGUUUUUGAAGUGGAGGCCGAUGAUUUGCGAGUGGGCGAAAUAUUGCUGAAUGCUGCAGCUGAGAUGCCGCUUGCGGACGACCGUUUUGUAGUAGAGCUCAUUCCGUUCGUUGCCAAGUGGGAAGCAGCAGUUGUCUUUGAAAAUCCAGAAACAUGGCGAUAUUUUCUGCUGAGAUAUCUGUUGCGAUAUCCGCUCGAGGCUUAUAUGGUGGCGCAUAAAGAGGGACAAGCAUUCCGUGAUGUCCUGAUCGAAAAUAAAAAUUAUCUUCAGCGUAUAUUGCAAGGUGAAUCAAUGGUUUGUGUUGGGGUAUGGGCAAAAAGCAGCGUAUCACUUUGCGUAAUGGAAUUGUUGGCAAUGAAACUAAUCCUCAGCAUUGGCAAUCGUCAUCCAAACUGGGCUACCGGUGAAGCCAAAGAAAUUGUCACAUACGUACAUGCUCUUUGGAAAGACCUGGAUUUCCAUAAACGAUACACACGCAAGGAUUAUUUGGAUGAACCACGAUAUGAGGUUCCUAAACUGGCAGCCCUGAUUAUGCUGCGCUAUUUUAAAUCAAACACCGAUCGUUUUGAUAUCAUCUUUGACCUUUGCGAUGCAUUCGCAAAUGAUUAUAUCAGCGCUUUCACUUUCCUGAGAUUAUUUAUUGAAAAAGAAAUCAUUCCUAAGUACUCUCUUGAAUGGCGUCAGAAUGCACUGAAACGCAUCGUUGCAAAAUUUGAAGAGGAUCCGAGCACAGCACACAGCAUGAACACUGUCAAAGUACUGCAGCAUAUUGUUAUCCCGUCACUACACUACGCCUUCGAACGUUACAACGUUGACUUGGUUGUUGGUACACCAGCAAAGCCAGCUGAUGUGGAUGAUAAUAAUCUGAUAUCGUUGGUAUGCCAUAAAGUACUGGAU